AGCAGUUCCGACUUCUUUCGGUGAAAUUUGCGCUCGAGUUAGUUGCGGAGCCAAUUUCCCUAGCUGACAGAGUAUACAACAGUGUUUGCCUCUGCCCUGCAACUCACAAGAAGCGCGUUUUGUUACAUACGACUUUCCGAAAUAUCUGCGCAACAGGUUGGAACAAAGUACUCACCACAACCGGCCUCGCGUUCAUCUCACGCAGUACUCCAAGUGCUCUUCUGGUCCCAUAAUGGCGCUUCCAUUCGACGCACCGAUCCAUAAGCUACCGGAGGAGCUGCUACUGCAGAUCGCGACUCAUCUUCCCGACUCGGCCGCACCCAGGUCUCUCAAAAGUCUAUGUCUCACGUCUCGCAAGUUCCGUGCGGCUGGGCAGGAGGUUCUGCAUACUGUAGCGAAGCUAUCGAUCUCCUGUGGCUGUCACUCCAAGAUAAACCCUCUUCUGAGGCUCCUUCGUACGCUCUUCGAUCGCCCUGAUCUUGCAACCCAAGUGAAAAGCUUACGCAUCAGAACUGUACGCAAGAGUGUCGCAAAGAUCUGUGAAGAGCAAGGAUUUAGCCUUGCGCCGUUGCGCACGCGAAGUUUAGCAAGGCUGGAAGAACUAGGCUACAAGAAGCAUCCCUGGCAUAAAACGAUUCAAAACUCGAUUGAGUCAGGGUUUGCUGGGAUUUUACUUUUACUCCUUCCAAACCUCACACACCUCGAGUUCUGGGUCAAGGAUCAUCAUCGAGGUCCGCCAUCAAGCGAGUGCAUAUCGGGGCUUUUUGGGGGCAUGUCCGCCCCUGACAGCAUCGUCAACGGAUGGGGUACUCUUCGUCAUCUCACUACUAGUGAUACACAUCUGUUCAAGUCCGGGAUCAAUUUUGCUAGCCUGACAAGCUUGGACCUGAAAACGAUUUCCAUUGGCACCAUUCUGCGUCUCAACGGACCUGGAUGUCUGGAGGGUGCCGAGAACCUUGAGGACCUAGCUUUGACUGUAUCGGUACAUUUUGCUGAUCGUCUCCUCAUCGAAAAGGCCGAAAUACAACUUGGUGAUCUUUUCGACGCACUCGGUUGCGUUCAGCUUCGAAGCCUCAAGAUACUACUUAUCAAUGACGGCUACCACAUUGGUGAUGACUUGAAUACGCAGCUUGAAGGAGGCUACUUCAUGGAUCAAUUGAAUAGCAUGAAAAGCACCUUAGAGACGCUUGCUAUCACGCUUGAAAUAACCGAUGAUGACUCAGAGCUCGAGUGGCUGCUCGAUAUGAUAACAAGUCCGAAGGAUUCACUUAAGCACUUCGACGUCUUGAGACAUCUCGUCCUUCCGCAAGCAUUCCUCUUUGCUGUCGGAUCCAUGCCUUGGGAGAGCAAAUCCUGCCGACCAAAGGAUUUGCCACCCAAGCUAGAGACACUAGAGAUCUAUUAUCCUAGCGAAGAAGUUGAGAAUUGGGUGGCAGGCUUCGUGUCGGCGGAUACUGACGACGCCAAGCCGCCUCCGGUUCUCAAAGAGAUCACCUUGACUUGUCGAGACGAAGUUGGUGCACCAGCCUCGUAUUUCUCCAGCGAAGUUGACAAGAUCUGGUGGGAGCUAGCAACGGACCUUGGAAUUGAUUCGUAUACGUACUGUCAGAUUCAAGAGCAUAGAUCUAACUUGGCAGAGUCAUGGUAUAAAGGAAGCCUAGACACAGCCGCUAGUGAAGAAGACCAGGAUGAAGAGGAGGAGGAGGAGUGGAACAAUGACACCGAUAGCGAUAAGCCUGAGGGUGACGACGAUAUGCCAGAUCUCACCCAUUUGGCGGACCAUAUCCCAGAAUCUAUUGAAACUGUGGACUAGACGGGACAGAAUCUUAGUGGUUGAAGACAUGGCCGUGAUAUGUUAUCACGCAUGACUAGCGUACGGAUUCGUGGGUCUAGAAGCUCAUUGGAGAGUUGGCGGCGUUCAUGCAGGUUCCCGGUCAGCGAUACGAACCGAACUUCGACCCACCCUCUAUACAUAGCCGAGAUAGUUCUGCAUGCAUCCAAUAUUGGACACUACGCCUGCUGAGGACUAUAGUAGUUUAGAUUAACCAGUUGCGUCCCAUAGUAACAGCGGAGUCCGAAUACCCGGUCCGGUCUUGGAGCGCGUGCUGCCAGGCUCUCGUUAUGCAGCUAGUAUGCACGCUAAUAUAUCCCACAGCCAGAGUAUACAACCAACCUGGAGCAAGCAGUGCUAUAC